AUAUGGUGACUCAUCUUAAACUCAAUGGCAUCGGCAUCAACUUCAUCGGUUGAAAAGGGUUACAUUUACGACGUUUUUAUAAGUUUCAGGGGUAAAGACUUGCGUACGAGUUUUGUUGAUCACCUUUACCAUGCUCUUCGGAAAAGUGGCAUUAUUGUUUUCAAAGAUGAUAAGGACAUCGAGGUCGGGCAAAAGAUCGGUGACGAGCUCCCCAAAGCCAUCAAAGAUUCCAAGUUUCACAUCGUUAUUUUCUCCAAAAGAUAUGCAGAUUCUUAUUGGUGCUUAAACGAGUUCGUAGAGAUCCUAGAAAUAUGCCAGAACCCGGAGGAGGGAACUUUUUUCCCGAUCUUUUAUCAUGUCAAACCCAGCGAAGUCCGCGAACAAAAGGGGCCAGUUGAAAAAGCAUUCGCAAAACACUCAGAGAACGAGGCUGCUGGGAGAUGGAGGGCUGCUAUGGCAGAAGCAGCGACCCUGGAAGGGUGGGAGUUGGACAAGACCGGUGAUGGGCAUGAAGUUCAGUUCAUCGAAAAAAUUGUUCAAGCCAUAUCACAAAAGCCAUAUUUCGCCAAUUUCAGUAUUAAUGAAAACUUAGUGGGCAUGAUGACCCGGGUGGAGAAAUUACUUUUAAGUUUACAAGUUGGCUUUGAUGAUGUUCGGAUGAUAGGAAUCACGGGUCUUGGUGGGGUGGGGAAGACAACUCUGGCAAGUGUAGUUUUUAAUCGGAUAGCCAAUCAGUUUGAUGUCAAAAGCUUUGUUCAGAAUGUUAGAGAACGCUCAAAAGACCCUAAGGGUUUGCAGGAUAUGCAACAACGGCUCCUUACUUCUAUGUUUGGCGAUCAAAGCAUUGAUGUGCCAAGUGAUUUUGAAGGGCGUAGUAUGAUGCAAAGGAGGAUGCCUAGUAUAAAAGUUCUUAUAGUUCUAGAUGACGUGAAUGAUUCAAAGCAACUUGAGGCGUUAGCAGAACCAAGUUGGUUUAGGCCAGGAAGUAGAAUCAUCAUUACAUCAAGGGAUAGACAAGUAUUGGUAGCCCAUGGAGUUCAGAGUCACAAUAUUCAUGAUGUUGGCACGUUAUCAGAUGAGGAUGCAAUUCGUCUCCUUAGCAGGUAUGCUUUUAAAACAGAGUGUCCAGCUGAGGGUUAUGAAGAGCUAUCUAAAAAGGUUGUAAAAUAUGCUGCUGGUCUUCCUUUAACCAUCAAAACUUUAAGUUCAUCUCUUCAUGGUUGUCCUGUGCAAGAAUGGGAAGAUGGUAUCACAAGACUAGAAACAGUUCCAUGGGGUGAUACCUUGAAAAUAUUGAAAAUAAGCUAUGAUGCUUUAGAAGAGGAUCAGAAAGAGAUAUUUUUACAUGUUGCUUGCCUAUUGAAAGACGAAAGGAAGAAGAGAGCAAUUAGAAUACUAGAAAGUUUAGGAUUUCGUGCUAAAUUUGGUUUAGGAGUUCUAGAGAAGAAAUCCUUAAUUACUCUCCGUGAUGUUACUCAUCGCUGUGACGAUUGUGAUUGUGAUUAUGAUGAUGAUAAGAAGCUGGACAUGCAUGAUCAUAUAGAAGAAAUGGGAAUGCAUAUUGUUCGUAAUCUGCAUCCUGUUGAGCCUCAGCAACAUAAGCUACUAUGGAUUAGAGAUGAAAUUGAAGAUAUAAUAGAAAAAGACAUGGGUACUGAAGCAAUAAAAGGUAUAAAACUGCUGGAAACGGAUCUCCCUCCAGCUAAAAUUUUGCAUAGUCUUAGAAAGAUGAGUAGACUAUGUUUUCUUCAGGUGGGGUGGAUACUAUAUUAUGAAAAAUCUCAAUCUUAUAGCAGGCGAGUAUAUGAAUAUUUUACUUCCAAAUACCACCUUCCAAAUAGUUUACAAUUUCUACAUUGGAAAAGAUAUCCUUUUAGGUACUUACCUAAAACAUUUCAUGGAGAUAAGCUUGUUGAGAUGGAAAUGCCCUCUAGCCAUAUUCAUCAACUCUGGAAAGGGGGAGAAAAAAAGGUUCUUCCAAAACUCAGGCUCCUUGACCUUACUGGUUCUAAACUAGAAACCUUUGACUCUGCUGGGAUGACUCCAAAUCUUGAAAAAUUAGUUCUUCGUGGAUGUGAAAAGUUGGUAGAAGUCAACAUUUCUGAUGAAUGUUUGUAUGUAAAGAAGCUAGACCUAUCCAAUUGUACAGCCUUAGAAAAAGUCACCAUUUCCAAUGAAUGUCAGAAUCUUGACAAGCUGGAGCUGGGCGGAUGCAUAUCCUUAAGAGAACUUCAAUUGCAUGGGGAAUGUCCAUCACGUCUGGAGUCCCUCUACCUUUCUGAUACUAAGUUGCGUAGCUUGAAACUUGGGUUGGCCGCUAAUCUGGAGGUGUUAUCAGUUGAACAAUGUGAAGAUUUAGAGGAACUCGUCAUGCCUGUUGAAUGCCAAAAGCUCACUGCCCUCACCCUCUGUGGUAUCAAGAAAUUACGUAGCUUCAACCCAGGGCGCAUCUGGAAGAUAUGA